AUGGGUAAAGAAAAACAACAUAUCAAUCUCGUCGUUAUUGGACACGUAGAUUCUGGUAAAUCCACCACUACUGGUCACCUUAUCUACAAACUUGGUGGUAUUGACCAAAGAACCAUCGACAAAUUCGAAAAAGAAGCCAAUGAUAUGGGUAAAGGUUCUUUCAAAUACGCCUGGGUACUUGACAAGUUGAAGGCUGAAAGAGAACGUGGUAUUACUAUUGAUAUCGCUCUUUGGAAAUUUGAAACUCCUAAAUACUCCUACACCGUCAUUGACGCCCCGGGACACAAAGAUUUCAUCAAAAACAUGAUUACUGGUACUUCUCAAGCAGAUGUUGCUCUUCUUGUUGUUCCAGCUGAUGUUGGUGGUUUCGAAGGUGCUUUCUCCAAACAAGGACAAACUCGUGAACAUGCAUUACUCGCUUUCACUCUCGGUGUAAAACAAAUGAUUGUUGCCAUCAACAAGAUGGAUGCCGCUGAGUACAAAGCCUCUCGUUACGAAGAAAUCAAGAAGGAAGUAGGCAACUACAUUAAAAAAAUAGGUUACAACAUAGACAAGGUACCAUUCGUUCCCAUAUCCGGAUUCGUUGGUGACAACAUGCUCGAAAAAUCUUCUAACAUGUCUUGGUACAAAGGACCAACCCUUGUAGAAGCUCUUGAUCAAAUGGAUGUACCUACCAGACCAGUUGACAAACCUCUUAGACUUCCACUUCAGGAUGUUUACAAAAUUGGUGGUAUCGGAACCGUUCCCGUCGGUCGUGUCGAAACUGGUAAAAUCCUCCCCAACAUGACUGUAUGUUUUGCCCCAAGCGGAGUAUGCACUGAAGUUAAAUCCGUCGAAAUGCACCACGAACAGGUCCCUGAAGCUAUUCCUGGUGACAACGUCGGUUUCAACGUCAAGAAUGUAUCUGUCAAGGAUAUCAGACGUGGUAACGUAGCUUCUGAUGCCAAGAACGACCCAGCUAAGCCAGCUAUCUCUUUCGUAUCUCAGGUCAUCGUCGUACAACACCCAGGUGUAAUCAAGGCUGGUUACACUCCAGUUAUUGAUUGCCAUACCGCCCACAUCUCUUGUAAAUUCCAAAAACUUCUUUCUAAGAUUGACAGAAGGACAAGCAAAGUUGUGGAAGAAAACCCUGAAAGCAUUAAAUCUGGCGAUGCUGCUAUGGUUGAAAUGGUUCCAAUCCGACCCAUGUGUGUCGAAUCUUGUUCUGAAUUCCCACCACUUGGUAGAUUCGCUGUCAGAGAUAUGAGAGUAACUGUUGGUGUUGGUGUAAUCAAGGAUGUUGAGAAGAAAGAAUACUCUUCCAAAUCCAAGAAAUAA